AUGAAGCCCAUUCUUACGCCUGCAUUGCUCGCAGCGAUUCGAAAGCAACCAGAUCUACCACGUAAUACAUGGUACUUCAUCACUGCUACCACUCUAUCAGCCCUCAAUAGGCCAGACGAGCUGCCAGAGGUCUUCAAGAAUGCCAUAGGGGAGGGCUUGGGCACUAUUGGGAACGAUGUUCCGAGCCGGGACGAUCAGUUACGCAUCUCUAGACGUCUCAGAGAAGCCCUCUUGAAAGCUUCUGCCGUCGGUGGCAUGCCCAAGGUUGGCAGGCCACGAUCGAUUAAUGCUCUGAUUUCCCUCAAGUCUGCAACCCCUGAAGACCUACUGGACGAACCAGGAAUGGGUACAUCUCUCAGGCAUAGGGACAUACACGAUACUGCACCAGCACAAGUGCUCGAGCGAGGACGAGCCUUCUUCGAAGCCAUAUAUGGCAAGAUUUCCAGACGGAUAAUGGGCCAACUAGACCGGUCAGGAGCACCAGACUUGGGCUUGCUGGCGAGGUUGACAUAUGGGUAUGUCCUCAGCAACACUGAUGUGCUUACACCAGCCGAAACUUCAUUCGUACUCAUUGCUAGUCUCAUCCCCCAAGAUGUGAACCCUCAACUGAAGGGACAUUUGCGGGGUGCACUCAAUGGAGGUGCCAGUAUAGAUGAAGUGAGAGCCGUGAGAGAUGUAGUUAUUAAGAUUUGCGAAGCUUCAGGAAUGAAGAAACUAGAAGAGGAUGCCAUUGGGGGAUGGGGUUGGAGAAGUGAAGUUGCGAAUGUAUAG